AAGUGUACUUAACUACUAAUAACUUAUGUUUAAUAUAAUUGGUCAAUUUAUUCCUAACCUCUUUACCAGGCAAUGCUUAAAAUUAAUGUGAGAUUGUUUCUUUUUUAUAGAUGAAGGAUUUUCAAUUCCUGUUUAAUCAAAUGUCUGAAACAUGCUUCAAAUCGUGUGUGAGUUCAUUUUUAUCACGGGACAUGUCGACUGAAGAGGCUCAAUGUAUUCAGAAUUGUUCAAGUAAACACAUAAAUGCUAAUCACAGAAUAAUGGAAAUAUUUAUGGAAGUACAACCUGCUAUCAAUCGUAGGAACAUGGAGGAACUUCGAAGGGCUCAGUCAACUUUAGAAGCAGCACAGAAUGAACAGAAUUUUUAGAGUACUAUACAAUUAAUUUAAUUCACUUUUUAGAAAUUAGAUUCUUGUACAAUAAAGUGUAAAAUAUUUUUUUUAAGUAA